AGAGCUGAGACGUCCCCAGCCCUGUCCCCGGCUGUGCGCUGGCGGUCGGCGCGGCGUCAGGUGCAGCCGCCAGGUGAGCGCGCUCCCUGGCUCCGGCGGCCCCCGGUGGGUCUGGCCCAGCUGCGGCCAGUGGAUUGGUUUAUCUUGAGAGCUAAAAGGGCUUUCCUCAGCCUGAAGAUCAGCUGACCAUUGACAUCAGCCAUGUCAUCGAGGCCUCUUGAAAGUCCACCUCCUUACAGACCUGAUGAAUUCAAACCGAAUCAUUAUGCACCAAGCAAUGACAUAUAUGGUGGAGAGAUGCAUGUUCGACCAAUGCUGUCUCAGCCGGCAUACUCGUUUUACCCAGAAGAUGAAAUUCUUCACUUCUACAAAUGGACCUCUCCUCCAGGAGUGAUUCGGAUUCUGUCUAUGCUCAUUAUUGUGAUGUGCAUUGCCAUCUUUGCCUGUGUGGCCUCCACGCUUGCCUGGGACAGAGGCUAUGGAACUUCCCUUUUAGGAGGUGGUAUAGGCUACCCUUAUGGAGGAAGUGGCUUUGGUAGCUAUGGAAGUGGCUAUGGCUAUGGCUAUGGUUAUGGCUAUGGCUACGGAGGCUAUACAGACCCAAGAGCAGCAAAGGGCUUCCUGUUGGCCAUGGCCGCCUUCUGUUUCAUUGCCGCGUUGGUGAUCUUUGUUACCAGUGUUAUAAGAUCUGAAAUGUCCAGAACAAGAAGAUAUUACUUAAGUGUGAUAAUAGUGAGUGCUAUCCUGGGCAUCAUGGUGUUUAUUGCCACAAUUGUCUACAUAAUGGGAGUCAAUCCAACUGCUCAGUCUUCUGGAUCUCUCUAUGGUUCACAAAUAUAUGCCCUCUGCAACCAAUUUUAUACACCUGCAGUUACUGGACUCUACGUGGAUCAGUAUUUGUAUCACUACUGUGUUGUGGAUCCCCAGGAGGCCAUUGCCAUUGUACUGGGAUUCAUGAUUAUUGUGGCUUUUGCUUUAAUAAUUUUCUUUGCUGUGAAAACUCGAAGAAAGAUGAACAGGUAUGACAAGUCCAAUAUUUUGUGGGACAAGGAACCCGUUUAUGAUGAGCAGCCCCCCAAUGUCGAGGAGUGGGUUAAAAAUGUGUCUGCAGGCACAGAGGACAUGCCUCCACCCCCAUCUGACUAUGUGGAAAGAGUUGACAGUCCCAUGGCAUACUCUUCCAAUGGCAAAGUGAAUGACAAGCGGUUUUAUCCAGAGUCUUCCUAUAAAUCCACACCGGUUCCUGAAGUGGUUCGGGAGCUUCCAGUGACUUCACCUGUGGAUGACUUCAGGCAGCCUCGUUACAGCAGCAGCAGUAACUUUGAGACACCUUCAGAAAGGCCUCCUGCAAAGGGAAGAGCGGGAAAGUCAAAGAGAACAGAGCAAGACCACUAUGAAACAGACUACACAACUGGCGGUGAAUCCUGUGAUGAGCUAGAGGAGGACUGGAUCAGGUACCGAGCUGCUGCUGAUGAAUACAAUAGACUGAAGCAAGUGAAGGGAUCUGCAGAUUACAAAAGUAAGAAGAAUCAUUGCAAGCAGUUAAAGAGCAAAUUGUCACACAUCAAGAAGAUGGUUGGAGACUAUGAUAGACAGAAAACAUAGAAGGCUGAUGCCGAGUUGCCUGAGAAAUUAAGUAUCUGACAUCUCUGCAAUCUUCUCAGAAGGAAAUGGCUUUGGACCAUAACCCAGGAAGCCAAACCUUUGUGAGCAUCACAAAGUUUUGGUUGCUUUAAUAUCAUCAGCAUUGAAGCAUUUAUAAAUAGCUUUCAAUAAUCAACUGGGCUGAACACUCCAAUUAAGGAUUUUAUGCUUUAAACAUUGGUUCUUGUAUUUGAAAGAAAUACUGUUUGAGGUUUUUAAGCCUUAAAGGAAGGUUCUGGUGUGAACUAAACUUUCACACCCCAGACAAUGUCUUAAUACCUACAGGUAUUUGUUUGCAUAGGUGAUCUCACUUAAUCCUUUCAACCACCCUUCAGAUAACUGUUAUUUAUAAUUCUUUUCCACAUAAGGAAACUGGGUUCCUGCAAUGACCUCUCUGAAGUGAAACUGCUUGUUUCCUAGCACACAGUUUUAGUUAAGUCUGUUUUAUGACUCCAUUAAUAAUAAAGUCCCUGGCCUUUCAUAUUUUAGCUACUAUGUAUUUAACAAUCUAACAGCCUCUCUAUUAAUUUUUUUUCUGUUAUGUGAAUGGUUAAAAGAGGUUUUUCUUAUGUUAUCCUGAUAAUAAAGAUCAUGUAAAAGUAACAAAUGUGUGAAAUUUAAAGAUUGUAAAUAUAUACGUUUUUAAAAUCAAAGUUUAAACCCAGUGGUUAGAAUUUUGUGUAUUUUUAAAUACUUUUUAUCUUUUAUGGUUUACAUGCAUUUUUUUAAAACCAGCUAGACCUUUUCAUUAUAUCAGAAUAUCUGAUUACAUUUAUAAUUCCAUUGUGACUUGACCUGUAUCUUAUAGGAUUCAAUUUCCAUACAUAUUUUAUAAGGUAUUAAAUCUGAUGUUUCCAUAAUAACCUGUUUGAUAUUGUUAGUGCUGUUAACAUACAGCUGUGGAAAACCACACUCAGGAGUUGUAUCUGUUGUUGUUUAUACUCUUUUGGGUGCUAUGCUGGUUGGUCAUUUCCCAGUCCUUUGGCUGUAGGAAUGCUGAUGUGUCUGGAAAUAGAAUGCUAUACCAUGAGAUACCAAAUAAUUUCAAAUGGUGCCCUUAAAUUGUAUCACUUUUU